CAGUUUGUCAGUAGCUCACUGUUGGUUUGCAAAUCAAAAGUGCUAUGAUAUCAAUGCUCAUUGUGCCUUCAAGAGAUGGUUGGCGUUUGGUGAUAUUAUACAUAGGGCACAGUACUCAGUGUAGUCCUUCAAAUUGGUAGGAAUUUGAGAAAAGUGACAGACUUGAGAGAAAACAGACGAAGAUUAGCUUUGAUUGUCAAGCUCAAUAUCAGGAAUUAAAUUCAAUUAAAACAGCAUAAAACUGAAAAUUCUUGGAUAUACCUUAGAACUUGGAGACUAAUUUGAAACGCAAAUUCGAAAUUUGAAGACUUUGAUAAUUCUUUAUGUUUAGUGAAGAUAGCCUCAAGUCUCAAAUUUUAGAUGUUAGCUCUCCAUUAAGGUUGAACUUUAUCACUUUAGAUAGCUUUUUGUUGACUUGACUUUGAGGGUAGUUUUAACUGCAUCUCUUAUAACUUUAGGAUCUCAAUUUGUUCAACUUCGAUCUUUAGGAUCUCUUAGCUCUGUGGAGUGAUCUCAUAUCCCUUUUGUUGCAGUCAGUUCGUUCUGGUCUACAUCUCGCUCUUGUGAUCAUGGCGGUCAGCAUUCUCGUACUUGAUAGCCAUUAUUUGUGCCCUGGUAGUUAGCUG